AUUUUACAGGAAGUCGAGGACAGAGGAGGGAGUGUGUGUCACCUGCUGCCCAAUCACACAGCAGAUGCCUGAGGCGGGUCUGGGAGAGAGAGAUGGGCAACACUACUGGGCUAUUUAAAGUUUGGUAAAGACUUUCUGAGGAGGAGCACAACUCUCUGGAAAGCACUAAUCUUAGGAGUCCCAUCUGAGAGGUCUCCCGGAUCUCAACAGAGGGCAUCAAGCCCGGCCCGGGCAGUGCUGCUCUGCGGCCUACCGGCGUUGCCAUAGCCGUAACGGCCUCCUCUGCGCCAUCCUCUUACCGGCGGUCCAGUGAUGACGCUCUCUGCUCUCCUUCCAGGGUUCCGUUCCUCCUUAGACAAGAUGUCUCACCAGAAGAAGCAGCCGACGCCCAUGCCGCCACUGGGCUGCGGGAAGACCUCGGGCGGCGGCGGCGGAGGAGGAGGAGGAGGCGGCGGCGGAGGCGGCGGCGGCGGCGGCCGCUGUGGCUUCUCUAGCGACGGCUCGGGCUGCGGGGGCGGCUACUCCGGCGGCGGCGGCGGCGGCGGCGGUGGCGGCGGCUCCGGCUGCGGGGGCGGCUAUUCCGGCGGCGGCUCCGGCUGCGGCAGCUACUCCGGCGGCGGCGGCGGCGGCGGCGGCUCCGGAGGCUGCGGAGGAGGUUCCGGUGGAAGUGUCAAGUACUCUGGGGGUGGUGCCGGCUCCGGAGGUGGCGGCGGCUCCGGUUGCGGGGGCGGCUAUUCUGGGGGCGGCUCCGGCUGCGGAGGCUACUCUGGCGGCGGCGGCUCCUCCGGCGGCAGUAGUGGCUGCUUCUCCGGCGGCGGCGGCUCCGGCCAGCCGGUCCAGUGCCAGAGCUACGGAGGCGUCUCUAGCGGCGGCUCCGGCUGCGGCGGCUUCUCCGGGGGCGGCGGCGGCUCCUCCGGUGGAAGCUCCGGCUGCGGCGGGGGCUCGUCCGGCGGCGGCUCCGGCUACUCGUCUCAGCAGGCCACCCAGACCUCGUGCCUGCCCCAGCAGAGCUACGGAGGGGAAUCCUCCGCAGGCAGCUGCGGCGGCGGCUCCUCCGGGGGCGGCGGGGGCUGCUUCUCCAGUGGUGGCGGCGGCCCUUCCUCCGGGGAUGGCAAGGGCGUCCCCAGCUGCCACCAGACGCAGCAGAAGCAGGCGCCUACCUGGCCAAGCAAAUAAGGCCCGUUAGACGCCGCGGAGAAGAAAGAGAUGGAGGUGUUCUCCGUGGGCGCCAAUGGGCUUAGCGCUCUCAUGAUAUUGCCCGAGGUUCCCAGAUUCUUCAGGUGUUAGCACCGGAGCCACGGAGCUCUGGGGCUGCAUCUUUUUCUGCAGUUUUUCCUCUUUGGUUUCUGUACAACUACCUCCCAACCCCGGUACAUCCUCAGUCAAUAAAUUUGCAAUUCAUGAGAA